GCACGGCCGUUUCCUAAUAGUUCUUGGUGCAAACAACUUUUGGAUAAAAUAAAUGUGAAUAAAUGAACCAAACAUGUUAUGUCUUACUUGUUUUUAGUCAUUUUCUUACGUGAAAUAAUCCUGUGUUUUAAUAAAAAUUAAGGCAAGGAUGUUACGAAGUUACGAAGGAAUACGAUAUGUUUCUGACAAACAGGUUGUUGUUUUCGACAUUGGAAGUGCAUACACAAAAUUUGGGUAUGCAGGAGAAUCGAAUCCUCGUGGAAUUAUAAGAACCGAGGUUAUGUGCACCGAAUCAAGAAAAAUUCGCCAAGUUUUCAGUUAUAAGAACACUGAAGAUUUGUAUCAACUUCUGGUGGAGUUCCUGCAUUUUCUCUUUUUCAGGUAUACUGUAAUCAGUCCAAAAGACGUGAGAGUCGUGGUAUUGGAAUCGCUGCUCACUCCAACACAAUUCAGAGAAACUCUUGCUAAAGUUCUCUUUCGUCACUUUGAAAUUGGUUCAUUAAUGAUCCUGCCAUCUCACUUAGUCACCAUAAGCACUCUUGGAGUUGAGACAGCAAUCAUUUUGGACGUUGGUUAUGAGGACGCUACCUUGAUUCCAGUUUUUGAAGGGAUACCGGUUUUGAAAGCAUGGCAAGCCCUGCCACUUGCAAGUCAAGCUGUACAUAACUGCAUAAAAAAGGAAAUUAAGGAAGCUAUUCCAGAUUUGGAAUUAUCGGAAAGGAUAAUAGAAGACAUUAAAGUAAGAUCAUGUUUCGUGACAACCAAGGACAGAUCUACAAAAUUGCGUGAUGGAAGUGGACAUUCUCCGCCUUCGGCUGUGAAAUAUCCUGGUGUUAAGUCUUUCGAAAUUCCUGGUCAUGUAAGAGAAAAUGCUUUCGAAAUACUAUGGGAAAGAGAUAAUGAUAAUCUUACUAUUCCUACGAUGAUUUUGGACGCCAUUGUAAAAUGCCCUAUGGAUAUGCGACGGCCCUUGGCACAAAAUAUUCUUUUAGUCGGAGGCACGGUAAUGGCCAAAGGAUUCUUGAGUCGCUUGAAGAGCGAAUUAAUACACUUAGUCAACAGUGAUUUCUACUCAGAUAUACUGAAAGUACGGACUUUUAAAUUCCACACGGCUCCCUGUCACGCAAAUUAUACUACGUGGCUUGGUGGUGCUAUUUUUGGUAUUGCAGAUUUACCCGCUAGAUGUAUUAGCAAAGAAAAGUAUUUGAUAACCAGCCGAGUACCAGACUGGUCUAGUCUUUUAGACAAUCGGAAGUUUAUUUAGAAUUGCAGUCUUUAAUUAGAUUUUUAUAUGGAUCAAAGAAUAUUUUAUG